AUGUCCGAGACCAUCGAAGAUAUCGUCCUUCAGCUUCAACUUAUGAGCUAUGCUGAAACUGCCGCUCUUUGCCUCACCGCCUACGAUUAUCUGAUAUGCCUCGACCAGGAGGUCAAUUCCAUCUGGGACAAGAAGUUUACCCUGAUGAAAGUCUUUUAUCUAGUGGGCUUCUAG